AUGUCUUCCAACCGCACAACUCGAGACAUCAGCAGCGCCGGGGGCAGCAUCCUUCACUUCGUCCUCGGUACUUUGUGGUCUUUUCUCACCUGGUGGUCGUUCCUCGGCCGGUGGUUGAACCGAUCAGGCGGAGCAGCAUCCCAUGCCGGCUCGUCGAACACCUCGAAUACGUCUGGUACUUCCAAAACCAAUGCGCGUAGUGCGGGUACUGCUCGUCAGCAGCGAAUUGAAGAUGAAGACGACGAGCCCGAAAUAGGCUCCUAUGAAUACGGUAUCCGGAUGCUGCCAGACAAGCGUCCGUACGGCUUUUCGUCCGAAGAUCUCGAGGAGGUUUCAUGGAAGUUUGAACCUAGUUCCUUGGAGGUGGAGGAUGAGGGCGAGGCGGAGGAGGGGGGGCUGGUUGGCAAAACAGCGAGAGGAGAUGAGGACGUUCGAUAUUGGGAGAACACUACACACACAUACCGCAAAUCCACCGUCGAAAUCAUACCUCCCUUAGCAGACAUAGCUCCCCCUUCGCUAUCUGGGUAA